AGCGCGAGUGCCAGAACCAAAAUGAACGACAACCCCUUGAAAUCGACGGAACCUCCAACUAGUCCCCCGGGCUACGGUUUGCAGCCUGAGGGACCUCCAACAAAUGCCCCAGCCUACGGCUUCGCACAAAAUUAUCCACCUCAGGGAUAUCCACAAAAUUAUCCACCUCAGGGUUAUCCACAAAAUUAUCCGCCAGCUGUUCCGGCCAACAGCUAUCCUCCACCGAAUUAUCCUCCGGCACAACCACCCCCCCAGGGCUAUCCAGGCCAAUCCUAUCAAGGUGCACAGGUCUACCCGCCCCAGAGUUUCCCACCACAACACUACGGACCACCGCCAGUGCAGCCCAGUGUAGCUGUGGUGCCACCUGGAGGAUGGUAUAGUCGGAAUCAGAGGAAUAAGCCCCAGUCUAAUGCAGUCGGUGCAGCUGCACUUAUUUUUGCAUCUGGUGGCAUGAAUAUUGCCUUUAGUGCGGGCUUCUUUACAGUUCCAUUGAGUUACCAUACACGGAUUUGUUGGUUUAUUGGCGCCAUCAUCGGUACUUUCAUCAGCAGUAUUUUGGUCAAUCAGGUUCCGAAGAAAGUUAUAUUCGCAUUCGCUUCGUUAUUAGUUAUCGUUGGCGGUGUUCUCUUUGCCUGCGAUAAGAACGUUGAGUCACUCAUAACGGCAGGAUUAUAUUUGGAUGGGAUAGCGAAUGGCCUUGUGUUUGCGCCCACACUCGCCUUGGCCGGUGAAGUGGCGGUAUUCUAUAUGCGAGGCACCAUUACCACAACCAUUGAACAGGCCAGCUUCGGCAUUGGUUUCUUCCUGCAGAUUGUCUACGCGUCCACCUGGGAGUGGAAUGUGGGCGCUGCUAUUAGCGCUGAGCAAAUACAUGGCAUAUUGAGUGCGGUGUUCGGAGUUAUUGGAGUAAUCAUUGCGGCAUUCCUGACCAUCGAAUCGCCGGUAAUUAUGCUGGCCAAUGGGGAGGAGCAGGCGGCCAUUGAUACUUUGCGGCGACUGCAACGACCGUAUACCCUGACUACGGAAACCUACGAUCAGCUGGCGGAGCACAAACGCUAUGUGGAACAGAAUAAGGAUAUCUCGGUCUGUGCUGGCAUAGUUGAGGCGCUACCUGCUUUUCUGCGCCUGAUCUUUUUAAGAGCGCUUAAUGCCAUGAGUAUGUGCCAGUUUACGACCUACGCCUUCCUCAUCGCAUCGGCCAGAGAGUACAGAGGAGAAGUUUGGCCUAUCGUUCUAUUUGGUCUGUGCCGUUGGCUGGGAAACCUCGUAACCGCAAUGUGCACGGAAUGCGUUGGACGGAAAAAGCUCAUUCUUCUUGGAUUGCUUGUGUGCACCGGCAUGGGCUUUGGCACAGGCAGCCAAUUCUAUUCCUCUUACUAUUAUUGGCCGGUUUAUUAUUUUGGUAAUAUGGAGAUGGUGAUGACAUUUCUCUGCUUAUAUCAGGUGUUUGCCGGUGUUGCCUUCACGCCCACAUCCGCCUAUCUGUCCGAAGCCUUUCCUCUGGGCGUUAAACAGCAUAUGAUUGGCCUCACUUUUAUAGUAGAGAUGUUAGUGUUUAUAAUCAUUAGCGUUGGUACUAUGGAUUUUACUACUUUUGGCGUUUUCUUCUACUUCGUGGGAGGCUUGUCCGUGUUUGGUUUUAUUGCUGGUAUUUGGCUUUUCCCGGAGACUAAAGGAACCAACUUGCGUCAAUCACAAGACAAGUUCCGCGGAUUUCUAAGCUUUGGUUUUUGAAGAAACCAACAGCAUUCCAAAUAGGAAACGAUAUAUGUCUUUAGAAAUGUACAAAACAUGUGUCUCUAGUUACAACUUCGACUAUCAAAGUUACCAACUAAUUUUGAAAACUGAUUUUUUAAUUAAAAACAAGUAUUUAAACCGCAGAAAUAAAAUGUAGUCCCUCACUUCGAAGUCCCAUCUUAUUUUAAGGAAAUUUUUAUUGUCAUUGAGUGUUAUAAAUAUUAUGAUUUUAAGCUGUUUCCUAAAGAAUGUAAACACCCUUUAAAAUAUCAAUGCCUCAUGCAGUUAGACGUAACUCCGAGCACAUAAUCUAAUUAUAUGGAAUUUGAGUCUAAGAUAACCUUUACCAGUAUAUUUUUAGAUGUUCAGAGGGCUUAUCUGAUCCCUCUUGCCAAAAUUAGUCACCCAUAGUUCAGCAGGAAUCAAGAUAUGUAGGCUAUUGUUUCCAAAUAUUAAGUUAUAUACAACUAUGCUGAUUUAACCGUCAAGAUAGGGAGUAGAUAGCUAGCUUAAUAAUAAUAAAGUGUUAAAUUUUGGUAAAUAAAAAAAUUAAAUGAAAGAAAAGUUUAAUAAAAUAUUAAACUCUGCGUAGUAGUAAUGCAACUAAUACCAACAAAAUUGUACAAUAAUAAUAAUAAUAAUUCCAAUCUUGUGAGCAAGCGAUAUAAAAUAUUAAUUAAGAUGAUAAUUAACAAAAUGAUAAUCUAUAUAGAUUUUUCACGUCCGUCAUUUCAAAGUUUAAA